GGGGCAGCACUCACAGUUUCUCAGGCAGAUUUCAGCUACUUCAUGAACACACUCACCAAGACGGGGCCAAGAGAGCGGACUGGGCGAACAGGCGAGCGAGCGGACAUUCAGUGAGGCGUGUUUAACUUUACCGACAACCUCUCACCGCAGACCCGGGCAGUGGAAGCUCUGGACGCUCUGAAAGCUCCUCCACAGCGGCGGCUGGGCUCAUAACGGAGCGCUAUGAGGGAGCACAGUUUACAGUGUACCGUCAGUUUACCAGAGCUGAACGGCUUCAACCGCUGACCGCAGGAAGGAAUCUGGGGUCAUUUUUAUACGCUUAUACGUCGCUAAAAUAUCGGUGAGCGGAGGACCAUCUGAGAUCAGGAGGAUGCGGUGGCUGGGGUGCUAUCGGCUGGGACCGAUGUGGAAAGCAGUCCUGGUGUUUGUGGUCAUUGCCUUCGCUGGUCAGCUCCUGGGGGUGCUCUUCAAUAAAAGCUGGGUGCAGCCAGAGCGGCCUCGUUCUCUGUUCUCCAUCUCCUCUGAGAACGGCCAGGUGCCUCCACAGGGCUCCUGUCGGCCACACACCCAUGUCAUGUUCCUGAAGACCCACAAGACAGCCAGCAGCACUGUUCUCAAUAUGCUCUACCGCUUUGGUGAGGAGCAGGGCCUACGCUUUGCCCUCCCAGUGGGCUACCAGUUUGGAUAUCCUCUACCCUUCAUAGCCCAGAGGGUCAAAGGGUACAGGGGCCCCCAUGUAGCAGAGUUUGACAUCAUGGGAAAUCAUAUGCGCUUCAACAAGCCAGAGGUGGAAAAAGUCAUGCCUGCAGACACCUUCUGUUUCUCUAUUUUGAGAGACCCUGUGGCAUUAGCGGAGUCCUCCUACGCUUAUUAUAAAAAUGUUGCCCCUGCCUUUAGACGUGCAAAGGGACUGGGCGAUUUUGCAGACAACCCUCGCAAAUAUUACGAUCCUCGCUUGCGCAACAACCACUACGCCCGCAACCUGCUGUGGUACGACUUUGGCUUGGAUCACAACGCCAACUUCUCCUUGGCUCUUGCCAAGCGUGGUGAAGCAACAGUACGACGGAACUUCAGACUCAUCCUUCUGUCCGAGUACUUUGAUCAGUCCAUGGUGCUGCUUCGUCAUGCCCUCUGCUGGCCUCUUGAUGCUGUCGUCUCUUUCAGCCUAAAUGCCAGGCAGCAGAUGCCCAAAGGAAGGUCAGGCUGGGUGGGGAAGGCUGCUGCCCCGGCCCCUCUGGCCCUAACCGAAGAGCAGAGGCAGAAACUACGGGAGUGGAAUGCCCUGGACUGGCAUCUCUACCAAGCUUUCAACCGCACUUUCUGGGCCGAGGUGGAGCGAUUUGGCCGGGCGCAGAUGGAAACGGAGGUGAUCUUGCUGAGGAGCAGGCGGGAGAUCCUGGCUCGUGUGUGCCUGCGUGACGGGGGCCAGCCCGUGGAAGCCAGUCGUAUCCGGGAUAAGGCCAUCCGCCCCUUUCAGAGUGGCCUGGUGAAGAUCUUGGGCUAUGAGCUUCAGCCUGGACUUGAUAAUGCCACAAAGGAAGCCUGCCUACGCAUGAUUAGGCCAGAGAUCCAGUACAAGGACCUGUUGGAUCUCCGGCAGUUUCCACGUGCCCAGCAGCCCCCAGGGCCAGCAGUUGCUGCUGGUGGGGCUGCUGUCCGGAGGGACCCUUUGUCCUCCAGGACUGGAGAGCACUUGGGGGAGUCAAUAGAGAGGGACUGGGAUAGAACCAUACUGGUGCGUAAUCAGUCUAUACAGCAAGUGGACAGUAAGGGAAAGCUUAGAUAGUGAGGGAGCUAGUCACACCCAUUUGCCUCAAGGUCAGACAUAGGCCUAGUUUAAGAUAGGCUCUAAUGGGCCUCUGCACUGCACUACUUAGAGCUGGAGUCAGAUACUGGACUUGUAGCACUCCGCUCGGCUCCCGAACUCUUCCUCAUCUUGUCCUUCUCCACUGUCAUAGACGUCAUUGAGUAAAGAGAACUUUUUUAGAGGGACACAAUGGUACAAACCAUCCACACGAUGCAGAUGGCUUCAUUAUACAACUGUAGGACUAGUGCAUGUUGGACGAUCUAGGUGAGCAGCUCAUUUACUUCAGUGUCUGCUUGAAAUGAGCUGUGAUAUAGUAUGAAAGCAUCCUUCAUGCUACACUCUGUCUCUCGCACAAACACACUUUACAUUUCAUUCUACACAAGUACACACAGACACUUAGGCUUGUGGUCACAUCGCACUUUUUGACAUUGACACUGCUUUGGUAUCCGGUGACAACGCUGAAAUAUAGUGCAAAAGCUAUUGACUGGAGUGAAAAUGCCACUAAAGCAAAAGCUUAAACCCUUAAUUGUCUGGCACAUCACUCUGAAAUAAAUGCGAACGAGUAAUGUCUUUAUUUAGAGGGGCUAGACAUUCAUUUAUGGUAAGUACAUCACUGUAACUCUCCAACAGCUAGCCCUACAAGGAAAAGGCUGUAGAAGGAAUACACCCUGUCCAGAGGCCUAGAAUAAGAGCAGACAUUACAUUAAGCUUUUUUUGUCAUAAGUUAUUACAGUGAUGACUCUUUGUGGGUCUGUGAAAGUGACGUCUCCAGUUGAUGACACUGUGAAAUAAUUUACCAUCUAGUACAUGCAUUAUUGCCAGCCUCUCGUCCAUCAAAGAGAAAACACUGUUCUACUCAUGGUGAUCUACCUCUUGGCAGCUUGUCAGAGGUUGAUAUUUUCUGUUAUUUAUGUUGUAUUGUUAAAUAUCUCUGUUUAGAACGGUAGAUAUUUGUCGUUCUGCAUUCAGUUCAAUCAUAACACAGUACUAUAGUAUUGCCCAUCAUGUCAGUUUUGCCUUUCACAGAGGUAGUUUGUUAACUACGAUGAUGUGAUACCACUUGACGGACUAUAUGUCUGUAAUUUUGUGCAUGAUGAUUCUGAACAGUUAUUCUAGAUCGAUCAGAGAAAUGAAUUUACGGUGAACAAAAACACUAAGAAAUUAAAUGUUUGUAGAUGGUGAAUGUUUGGCGGCAUGGAAAAUACUAGAAACCUAGUAUGCCAGAAGACUAUCACAUACACUUUGUCAGUACACAACCCAGGGAACUCCAUGUCCAAAUCUAAAACAAAUUUAGUAAUUUUGCCUUAUUGGAGCAGGGCUUGACUUUGAAAGCUUUCUGUAUUUAUUAUGUUUUUGUAAAA